UGUCUAUUCUCCUCCACCAAAGCACUGAAAAUUAAACUGAAGGACUGCCUCAAUGGGUAAUUAUAAAUCAAGGCCAACUCAAACAUGUACAGAUGAAUGGAAGAAGAAAGUCAGUGAGUCAUACUCUGUGAUAAUAGAGAGGUUGAUGGAUGAUCUACGAAUCAAAGACAGCGAAUUCACCGAACUAAAACACGUUUUCAGCUCGGAUGAAGCAUUUGAUAAAGUCAACCUGAAUUAUCGCACUGAAAGUGGGCUGUCUCUGCUGCAUCUCUGCUGCAUAUGUGGAGGGAACAAAGGUCACAUCAGGAGCCUGAUGCUGAAAGGCUUGCGUCCCUCUAGGCUAACACGGAAUGGAUUUACUGCUCUACACCUGGCUGCAUAUAAGGACAAUGCAGAGCUGGUGACAGGACUUUUACACGGAGGUGCAGACAUCCAGCAGGUGGGGUACGGCGCACUCACUGCCCUGCACAUUGCCACUGUUGCUGGCCACCAUGAGGUUGUGGAUAUUCUUCUUCAACAUGGCGCGUAUGUCAAUGUCCAGGAUGCUGUGUUCUUCACCCCACUGCAUAUCUCAGCUUACUAUGGCCACGAGCAGGUGACCAAGCUGCUGCUUAAAUUUGGAGCAGAUGUGAAUGUAAGUGGAGAGGUGGGUGACCGGCCUCUACACCUGGCAGCCGCCAAGGGCUACCUCAGUAUAGUUAAACUACUGAUUGAAGAGGGAAGCAAGACAGAUGUCAAUGCUCAGGACAAUGAGGACCAUGUCCCCCUUCAUUUCUGUGCACGUUUUGGUCAUCAUGAGGUGGUGCACUUCUUGCUCCAAGGUAAUUUGGAGGUACAGCCACACUCUGUGAACAUCUACGGGGAUACACCCCUGCAUCUGGCCUGCUACAAUGGAAAGUUUGAUGUGGUGAAGGAGAUUGUUCAGUUAUCUGGUGCUGAGAGCCUGUCUAAGGAGAACAUAUUCAGUGAAACAGCCUUUCACAGUGCUUGUACUUAUGGGAAAAGCUUGGAGAUGGUCAAAUUUCUUCUCGGCCAGAAUGCAAUGAGCAUAAACCACCAGGGGAGAGAUGGGCAUACAGGUCUGCAUAGUGCCUGUUUCCAUGGACAUAUCCGACUUGUACAGUUCCUACUGGACAGUGGAGCCGACAUGAACCUGGUAGCCUGCGAUCCAAGCAGAUCCAGUGGAGAGAAGGAUGAGCAGACCUGUCUUAUGUGGGCCUACGAGAAAGGUCAUGAUGCCAUUGUCACUCUGCUCAAGCACUACAAGCGCCCUCAGGAUGAGUCUCCUUGCAACGAGUACUCCCAUCCGGGGGGAGAUGGAUCCUAUGUCUCAGUCCCAUCACCGCUUGGGAAGAUAAAGAGCAUGACAAAAGAAAAGGCUGAUGUCCUCUUGCUCCGAGCCAGCCUGCCUUCACACUUUCACCUGCAGCUGUCUGAACUGGAAUUCAAUGAGAUUAUUGGAUCAGGUUCCUUUGGAAAGGUCUACAAAGGCAGAUGUCGUAACAAAAUUGUUGCCAUCAAGCGGUACCGCGCCAACACAUAUUGCUCCAAGUCAGAUGUGGACAUGUUCUGCCGGGAGGUUUCAAUCCUUUGCCGACUCAACCACCCCUGUGUAAUCCAGUUUGUAGGGGCAUGCCUGGAUGACCCCAGCCAGUUUGCUAUUGUUACUCAAUACGUCUCUGGCGGGUCACUGUUCUCCCUUCUGCAUGAGCAGAAGCGGAUCAUUGAUCUGCAGUCUAAACUGAUCAUUGCCAUCGAUGUUGCCAAGGGCAUGGAGUACCUCCAUAACCUCACUCAGCCAAUAAUCCACCGGGACCUCAACAGUCAUAACAUCCUGCUUUAUGAGGAUGGCCAUGCGGUGGUUGCUGAUUUUGGAGAAUCCAGAUUUCUUUUGUCCAUGGAUGAGGACAAUAUGACCAAGCAGCCUGGGAAUCUGCGCUGGAUGGCCCCUGAGGUGUUCACCCAGUGCACACGCUAUACUGUCAAGGCUGACAUGUUCAGCUAUGCCUUAUGUCUGUGGGAGCUACUGACAGGAGAGAUCCCUUUUGCCCAUCUCAAACCUGCUGCAGCAGCAGCGGACAUGGCCUACCACCAUAUCCGUCCUCCGAUUGGCUACUCCAUCCCCAAGCCCAUCUCCUCCCUGCUAAUGAGAGGCUGGAAUGUCUGCCCAGAGGAGAGGCCUGAGUUCUCUGAAGUUGUUGCAAAAUUGGAGGAAUGCCUAUGCAAUGUGGAGCUGAUGUCGCCAGCCUCCAGCAACAGCAGCGGUUCCUUGUCGCCCUCCUCAUCCUCUGACUGCCUGGCAGCUCGCGGUGGGCCAGGUCGCAGCCAUGUUGCAGCCCUACGCUCGCGUUUUGAGCUGGAGUAUGCCCUCAAUGCUCGUGCUUAUGCUGUCUGGUCUCAGAGCACUGGUCGGCGUUCUUCCCAAGGCCUAUCUCUGGAUGAACUGAGGAAGAAUUUGCAAUAUCCACCCAUUGACAGAAAUGGGUAUGUUUCUGAUCCAAUGAGUACGAUGCGUUUCCACUCUUGUAGCAGCAAUGGCAGCUUCGAAGAUAGCAACUGAGUCACCACUGUUUCUACGGUUCAGUUCUCAUUAUAUGUGUAAUUACCCUGCAUAAGGUGUGACCUUCAUUUUAAG